AAAAAAAGAGCGCUUCAGUUACGUUGACGUAAUGUUUGCUGCUGUGAUUUACUUUAGACCCGCUGCUCGCUUACACUUCGUCAAAUGAGGCACCUGGGGAGAAAGCAGAGGUAAUAAAAACGUCUGCUUCGUUAUUCCUCUGUUGAACAUGUUUUAAAGUCCUGGUUGUUGGUGUUUUACUUACAUUAGUCAAACGCAGUAGAGCCGUUCACAUCGCCAACCGUUGGAGAGCUAACGUUAGCCUAUCCGUCCUCGACUGCUGACAGACUGGAAGCACACACGUCAACGUUUUAGUGAUAAAAUGGACAUGUUUUAAGAGUAGUUAUUUCUAAGCGACCAGUUUGGGCCCUAACGUCUGUAAAUCGUUAAUGUCAACGGUUGCAAAUCUGCUAUUUGUGCCUUUAAACACUUAUUACAGCGUGCAUUCACGGUAGAGCCGGAACAGGUGUUGUGCCGUAGAAUGCAACCCUGCCGUAGAAUCGUCCCCUGCUUCCCAUCCACUCAUUAGCUUCUUAAAGUGGAAGAAAGUUAUCUCACAAUUUAAAAAAUAACACAAGUAUUGGAUCAUCACGACAUGUCAAAUGGAGGAAUGAACUUUCAUUCUGUUUUUAUGUCACUCAAAAAUGCACAUAAAGAGGUGUACUUCGAUGUAUAAACGGUACAGUGAACUGUUAAGGUAGAGACAAACGUGCUCCCGUCAGGGGGUACAUUCUACAGGGGUGCAUUCUACGGCACAACACCUGAAAAUCGGAAAAGUAAGUUUACGAUUGCGUGGGCUUAGUUUAUGAGUUACUGUGGUUAAUUCUGAGAAUAACAACAUAUAUAAUAUCUUGUUUAUUCUUUCUAUGAUGUUAUCACAUUACGACUUGAGGGUUGUGAACGCACAGAUAUCAGUAAAAGUCGGACGAAGCUGAAAACUCUGAGCCGUAAUGGGACACGUAAAUGCGUAUUUGAAUUUGCCGCGGGAGAUCUUCUUCGCUCGGUAAGAAACAACUAAUCAGUAGCUCGGUGCUCACCACUGCCACUCGCGGCCAGGAGGUUUAUCGCAACAACAGUGUGAUUCAAGAAGUCGCAAUUUAGCUUCCACCCACCAGCGGCAGUACCAACAGAAAUUCUCCAUCUGGUGAGCGAGGAAGUAGUUUUGUACAAACGCUGACCUGACUUGUACGGUAGAGUUUGAUGAAACAAGAUAUUGGGAAAGAGUGAGUUGAAUUAUUUUGCUUAACAACAGCCCUAAGUUAAAGCAAGAACUGUGCUUAAAGUUGUUUCUCCCAUACGGUGUGUUGACAUUCGCAUUCGUAGGAACCUUUUUUUCAUGAAUGCUAAUAGCAGCUACUUGCUUCAAUCAUGACAGAGUUACGUUAGCAAGUUGACCAAACGUGAAACGAUGUUUGCACUUUUGCAUUUGUGUUGGUGAUCGGGUGAAGCAUCAUUGACCUGUCAGUGAGUGUAUACAAUACAGAGAAGUCAGGGUGUACUGUAUCUGAUCUGGAGUCAGCUUUCCUGAUUCCUGAGUUUAAGUUGAAGCAACGUUGAGCUUUAUCCCCUCUACUUAUAACAUGAAAGAUUGAUUGAAUUACACAAAUCAAUCCCAUCCCCAUCUCCUGGAAUGAUUGAUGCCUAUGUCUGUAUUACUUUUCCCUGUGUUGUUUUGUAGAUCAGAAUCAGGGCUGCAGUUUUGAGAGUUAAAAUGCGCUCCUCUGGCAGCAGGCUCCUAGUCAUUCCUGAAGUCAGGACACACACUCAUGGCGAGGCGUCUUUUCAAUAUUACGGCCCUCAUCUAUGGAACAGCCUGCCAGAGGACCUCAGGGCCGCAGAGAACUAGAUGUUUUGAAGAGCAGGCUCAAGACCCACCUUUUUAACUUUUAAUUGAUAUUUAUUUGUUUUAUGUUCAUUUAUUCUAGUUAGCCUAGGUUUAUUUUAGGUCUGUGUUUUAUUCAUAUUUUAGUUUUUACUUGUUUUUAUCCUUUUAUCAUCUUAAGGAUCCCCAGUGUUUCCUCUGAGGGAGCCCUCGGCACCGGGAGCAGUGGUCGCUUGUGGUUGCAGGGGCUGGCCACGGGGUUCCUGGCGGAGGUUGCUGUCUGACACAUCCCUCCGCUGGCCCAGUGUCGGUGUCCUGUGGCUGCGGGCGGCUCUCUGCUCCCAGUGCUUUUUGUCAUUUUUUGUUUUUGUUUUAGUUUUUAACAAGACUGUAAAGCACUUUGAGUCACAUUUCUGUAGGAAAAGCGCUAUAUAAAUAAAGUUUGAUUGAUUGAUUGAUUGAAAAUGAUUUUUUUCUGCCCUCAGAUAAAUGUCAUCUCCAGCUCAAGCAGACGAAGAUGAGGUGGAAGAAGUGGAGUUUGUCUCAGUAAGUCAUGUGUUCAUUACUUCUAAGCAGAGGUCAAAAAACCUCUGUCUGUUGACAUUGAUUGAACUAUUGGUCGAAAUGUCUAGUAUGGAAAUCUGCCUCUUUCCUUUAGUUCAUAAACAUUUAGUACCUUUUUACAAACAUUCAACCCUCUUGAACUUUUCCAGAUUUUACAUUUUUACAGCUUGGAAGAAACUUACAACCACAACACCAAGAUCUUACUGAGCACAUUGUUCUGACACUUUUCUGUCAGAAUCAGGACCUUCAGAUUUUGGACCUGUAUAAUUUUGGCCUCUAGCACAUGAAGUUGGUGUUGAAAUGACCACUCGCUGUGUAACAUAUCCCAAACGCUGACAGGUGCCACUGUAAAGUAAUGGUAUUCGGUUAACUUGCAAGUUGUCAUUAUAUUAUGGCAGAUGGGUGUAUUUACUUGGGCUUUUUACUGUUAAACCAAGCAUUUAAUUUUUUAACUUUAUUUUAAAUAUCUUCUCCCUGGCUUGAAUAUUAUUGGCUCAUUUUUGUUGGUACAUGAACUACAGUGAAUUAAUUCUAGUUCGCUGACAACAUAUGAAUGGAUUAAGAGGUGUGAUUACCUCUGUAAGGCACUAUGUAAAGAAUGAAUGAGUCAGUAAUUCAGAUCUAGUUCUAUAACUCUAUAACAUUGACUGGCAUGGUGUCUUGUUCCUGUCUUAGGAGGCCCCUCUUAGACCAGUUUUGGAAUGUAUUGAUCUACUGAGUGAGAGUGAAGACGAGGGGUGUUCAUCAAUGGCAGAUACUGUAAGUGGUUUCACCUUAACCGUUUUUCUUUUUAGUAAAACUGAUGUGAAUACCUGCACAGAAGGUUCUGUAAGUGCUGUGUCUUAUUUUCCUGUAGAUCGAAGAUGAAGUCGCCUGCCAAAAGAGGCGUGUGACAUCCACUCUGGAGAGACUGGCACAGCAAGUGGCUCAAGACAAGCAAGAAAAAGCAAAUAAAUGCAGAGCAUUCAAGGUAAAAUGACAUUAACAUCAGAACAUUGUCGUUGUUUUUUACUUCAUCUUUCAUUCAGAAAGAAAUGCAUAACUCAUUAUUGCACUUAAGGAUAAUCAUAACAAAGAUAAUUGUACUUUUUUGUGUAAUCUGGUAUAUCACAAAGGCCAAGGAAACAGGAUAGUACUUGAUGUAUCCUGUGGGCUCUAGCUUGCAUAAAAACAAUCUAAUAUCCUUUAACCCAUUAAGACCUGAACCCUGUCUGAGCCACGCCUCUGAAAUCCUGAGGGCAAUUUUGAGAAGGGCCCCUAGAUCCUGAGGUUUCCUGAAGUGUUGAGGUCUACAAAAAAGCUGAUAUCUUGGCCUCUGUAGCAGCUAGAAACAAAAUUUAAAUUUUUCAGAACCUUCAUGACAUUUUUGAAAACCUUUAAACAAACAAACUCAAAUGAAAUAAAGCGGCUGUAUAAAUGAAAGUAAAGGCUCUGCACUGGAACAUAACAGACAUUUUGCUUUCUGUAAAACAAGUGGCAGUCAUGAUAAAGUGUCCUUUCAAUGCAAAUGUAAAUAUAAAAAAUAAAGAGUUAAUAGGGUUUACAGCUGCCCUGGUAUGGUGCCAGUACAAAAGCAGCACUAAAAGAUAAAAAAAUCAAUACGUGGCUGACAGUUAGCGACGGGCGCUCUGAAACCGACACUCCGGCGCACGUUUCAAACCCGGAAAUAAAAUUGCCUCGAAACACUGUUCCGACGCUCCGGUCAGUCUGGAAAAAACCACGUGACCUAUGACGUCCGAAGCAGGAACUGUUUCAUUCUCUGAAUGAAUGCUAAUAAACCCCGUGACUGUCUCGAAGCCACGCCCUCUGGUUCGAUCCAAGGAAUGAACCACAUGACUGGCCCUGUGCCAACCAAGUGCCAGUUUGCCGAUCUCUCGAUUCUGACAGGUUGAAACAUUUUCAAUUUUUGCGCCUUGACAGCUUUUUAACGGUUUCAAACAGUGAACAAAAUGUGGGUUUGCAGUAGAGGCGUUUGCAUAGUUGUUGAGUUGAUUUAUCAGUAAAUUGCGUUUUUGCGUGUUUUGAUCAUCAUCAUCAUGGACAUGGAGCCAGCCAGGAAGAGGGGCCGUUCUGAAAUGUGGCAAUACUUUGAUCUCAUUGCCCAUGAUAAGGUGGGUAUGUUAUUAAAGGAGGAGCCAUUUGUUUGAUUAUGUGCGCUUACUGCGCUAAUCCCCUAUAAGAGGUUUCACAGCACAUGAACUAUUUAUUUGGCUUGCUGUGUAUAUAAGCAACCAGACUUUAUCAUUUAAAGCUGUUUGUUCUAAGAGAAGAAAGCAUAUUAGCUGUGGACUACAACUCAUCAUUAUUAUUAUUAUUAUUAUUAUUAUUGUUAUCAUUAUUGUUGUUGUUGUUAUUAUCAACAUUAUUAUUAUUAUUAUUAGGGAGAAAAAGACAUUCUGUAUUAUAUGUGUGCUCUGAAACUCACCUACAUUUAUUAUUACUUGCAAAUAUUAUACUAUUAAAUACGGUAUGUAGCCUAAGCAAAACAGUUACAUGAACAGCCACUAAAUAUGUGCACUAAAUAUGGUUUAUUAAGUCUCAUGUUUACGUAUCAUUACAGUUAUAUAUGUGAUUAGUGUAGCCUAUGUGUAAUUAACAUGUUACAUAGAGUGAAUUUUGUUUUAGUUUUUAUCUAAUGUUUUUCUCUUCAGGUUCAGAGCUUGUGUUCUUCUGAGCUGAAGUUUCAUAACAAUACUUCUUCCAUGAAGAGGCAUUUCACUGCCAAACAUUCCGGGCAAGGAACUUCUGCAGCUGCUUCAGCUACUUCUGGUGUUACCCAGAAGAACACAGGAGCAGGAGCAGGAGCAGGUAGAGGUAGGCUAUAUUAUUGAUGAAACAGUAACACACUACAAUAACAUAUUUUAAUAUAUAUGACUAUAUUCUAUGACAUAAUGCUUCAUCUUCCCAAAAUUUCAAAUAAAUCCUUAUUUUAUGUAUUGUAAUGUAUUUAUUUCUCUGUUUCUCUCUAGUUGGCCGGCAGCAACAGUUGGAUGAUGCUCUGAUGGAGAUGGUAGUGAAAGACUCUCAGCCGUUUUCUAUUGUGGAGGACCGUGGUUUCAAGGACUUUGUGGCACUUCUUGAUCCCACAUACAUUCUGCCACCAGGGAGAGAUCUGGAGAAGAUGGUGGUGUGCCGUUAUAAGGAGGAGAAAGAAAAAGCCAAGGCUGUCAUGGAGAGUGUGGAGGCUGUUAGCCUGACAGGCGACAUGUGGACCUCCGUGAACAUGGAUGCUUAUCUGGCAGUGACGGCCCAUUAUGUGGAUGCCUCUGACAAGCUGGCCACAGUGGUUUUGGGGGUGCUGCCGUUCCCAGAAGCACACACUGCUGAUGAUAUAGCCACUUCAACGAGGUGUCUCAUGAUUGAGUGGGGCAUUGAAAACAAAGUGUCAAGCUUUGUGACAGAUGCAGGAGAAAAUAUGAUUGCCAGUGUCAGAAAAUUGGGCCUCAGGUCUAUUCCUUGCUAUGCUCACGCACUUAAUUUAGUGGUGAAGGAGUCCAUUGAGAACACUCCUGGACUGGAAGACCUUCGCACAAGGUCUUGUAAAGUGGUGACCUACUUUAAAACCAGCGCUAGAGCCAAAGAGAUGUUGCAACAGGUGCAGAAAUCUGCAGGGCGCGAACCCAUGAAGCUCAUUCAGGAGACGGACACUCGCUGGAACAGCACCUACGACAUGUUCCAGCGUUUGUACGAGGAGAGGCAGACUGUGGGGUCAGCUCUUGCCGUGCUCACCACAGAUGUACGACCACUGGCCUCUGAAGAUUAUGAGACCAUGGCUGCCUGCAUAGCAAUGCUUAACCCAUUUAAGAAGGCAACAAAUGAACUGUCCGAGGAAAAGAGAGUUUCAGGGUCAGUGGCGAUCCCAAUGACCAAAAUGCUAGUUCAUAGUAUAAUAGAUCUAACAGGAAAAACAAGCCAUGGCACGGCAAAAGUACUGGGGCAGAACUUGAUACAACAGAUGACAUCAAGAUUUGAUGGCCAGGAGGAUUCGACAGCUUGUUACCUUGCUACACUCCUGGAUCCCAGAUUUAAAAUGAUUGGGUUCCACAAUCAAGAUCGUGCUCAUGCUGCAAUGAGACGACUGGUAUCAGAAUGUGCAUCUGUAAUGAGAACCUCACAACAACCAUCUACAUCAACUCAGCCGGAACCAGCUCAACCUGCAAUACCUCCAGCAGAUGAUGAAACUCCAGCAGCAUCCACAGGUAAUAUUAUAAAGAUUAUAAAUACCAAGUGGGAUUAUAGAUCAUCUUAAAGUCAGUGAUAAACCUUCAAUAUGUCACAGAUGGACCGGGAGGCAGGCUUGCAGGUGAAAUACAAGUGUUUAUUUUGAUCCAGACUGAUUACUGUGAUGUUUGUCUUUUUGAAGGGAGCCUUUGGGAGCUGCUGGACAGAGAUGCAAAUGAAGCCAGGAGGUCGAGGAGCACAACAGCUGAUGCGAAUGUAGAGGUCCAGCGCUACAUGUCUGAUCCACCACUGGAAAGAACCAAAGACCCCCUGGUUUACUGGACAGAGAAAAAAAAUGUUUACCCACAUCUGUAUGUGCUAGCCAAAAGAUUUUUGUGCACACAGGCGACAUCUGUGCCAUGUGAGCGCAUAUUCUCAAAAUGUGGAGACAUUGUUAGUAAAAAAAGAAACAGUCUAAAUCCAAAGACUGUGGAAAAAAUAAUUUUCUUGAAUAAAAAUCUUUGAAAUGCACAUACUCUACCUGUGCCAUAGUUUUUGUUUAGUGUGUGAAUAUAUGAGUCAUGGUUUCUUAGCGUAACAUUGUUUCACACUUUGGUUUAUUUAAGACUUCAGGACAAAAUAAUGGAAUGACAUUCACAAUAUUUCUUAGCGUAACAUUAAACAAGGUAUGAGUCAUUUGCUUGAUUUUUUUAUUUACUCAUGAGCUGCCAUAAUAACACAAUACACAAAAACAUCUUUAUUAGUAUAGAGAACUAGAUAUCCAGUCAUUUUUUCAUGUAUGUGUGUAUACAUACUAUUGUUUUACUGUCUAAAAGCCUCCAUAGUAUUUGAAUGCAGUUAUAGCUUUUUCGCCACCAAAUGUAAUUAUCACUGAAGCUUUGAAACUUCAAACCAUUUUGAACUAUUGCUUCAAGUGGUUCAGUGGUUCAUAAAGGCUUCAUUUGCCAAUCACUACCAUUUGACAACAAACACUUCUAUUAAAUUAUAAUUGUGGAACGAUUUUUACAGUACCUUACGAUUUCAUAAUCGCAGCCGUUUAAUAUUGUAUGUCGCGAUUAAAUCGUAUAUCGGCACAUCCCUAGGUCCGUAAGAUCCCAAAGCAUCCCCCAUCAUUGUUAACCCGGCUUCUUAGCUCUUGUCCGGUCUACCUCCGUUUAAAGCGCCUGUUAUUCCGCCAAAGUUUCCGGUAUUUUGUUCGUUUUUCUUGCUUGUGUUGGCGGUCGUGGCCAAAGGAGGAUUUAGACAAUUUUCCGUACUUUCUGGUCGGUUUCUACUGUCCGAUAUUGUAGCACACUAAUUUUGUUUGGGCUCCUGAACGACUCGGGGGAGCAGCGUCCGCCUCACAACCAAUCAGGAUGGGGGAGGCGGGGAAUGGCUUUGUUUACAGUCACAAAGAGCGGAGAGCUCUGAAAUUUAAAAAUGUUGACUACACAGACAUAACAAAACACAGCGAUAUCGUUAUAUUACCAAAUGUCAUCAAUAACUAAUAGCUAUUGACUGAUAUUAAAAGCUUUUUUGUAUAAACAGCAUAAAAAAAAAGAUGCUUCUUUAAUGGAUUCCUGCCUACCCCACCUUUUAAGAAAGAUGAAGCAGUGGCACAACAUUUAGUUUUUUUCCUUGACUUUAUGUAGAAUCAACAAUGUGCCUUUUUUUCCAACAUUGUGACACAUAAAGCCAAGAGACUGCUUUGGCAUUUGUCACUUGUCAGCCAAAGCAUGUGUGUAAAAGCAUCCUGGUUGAUAGAACCAUGUGACUGAUGACUAACCAAAACUGACAUUUAACUCGCUGAUCGCUCAGGAUGGCAUACCCCACAACAAAACAAGUUCCUGCCUUGAUUUGAAUCACAUUUUCUCCCACCAUUUUUUACUCUGCUAAUCCAGUACAGAGCCCCGCAGGAGCCUGCAUUAGUCAGCAGAAAUACCCUUUUUAAAUCCUAUUCCAUCUCUUAACACAAGGAAGGGUGUAUAAACUGUAAUGCAGUCUGUCAAGUAAGAUUAGAUCGUUUAGCUUCACAGUUGAUAAAGUCGAUUUUAAUUUACAGCCUGUGGUUUGUAUCCUUGGCAGCUGUAAGCAAAUUCAAAUGGGAAGCUUCAGUGCAGACAAAACCUCAUUAUGACUCUGUAUACACCUGCUGUUUGGUGCUGUUUUAUGGUAUUUGUAAUAAGUAGAAUGAACAUUAUUUGUGAAUUGUAUGAAUUAAUAGCAGGUCUACUCAGUUACCUUUAAAGACAGGCCAGAACCUGAAGUGCCUGGGAUCCAGACCUUUGCAUUUUCCCGUUAGACCUGCAAAUCCAGGAUUUAAAUGUGUAUACAGUACGCUAAUCUAUUUCAGGGAGAAGUAAGUUGUUUAAGUGAAAUCAACUUUGCAUGUAUACCCAUUCAACUCCUAUUUAAAUGCUCUAAAACUGUUCUUUAAAAGCCUGGGGUAAAAGUUUGUAAAAAAAAAAAGUGCUCAACAACAGACAUCACUUAUUCUUGGACUGAAAAAUGCUUGUUUAUUUACAGUUUUAAAUGAACGCUUAAAGGGCAAAAUUGAGGUCUUUAAAUGACUAUAUUUAGCCCACAGCCUGCAAAAUGAAAAGGUGUGCUGCAGUAUGUGGGGUUAAGUGAAGCCUUUUGUAGCAGCAACAGUGCCACCGUGUGGGCAGAAAUUAAAUCAAACAAAGUAAACAGAUUAUUAGUCGAUAUCCUUCAAACAUCAGGAUUCUGUAUGUCCCUAAGAGAAUAAUAAUGAGCAAUACUUCGACUGAAUCAGUAAGAGAAUAACUGUAAAAUGGUGACAGGAUAUUUUAGACUCUGAUAUCAUGUUUUUUGUUUAUUUUUAUAGGAGAAGCAAAAACAUCAGAGAGCUCAGGAACAAGAGGGGCUGAGUUUUAGUCCUACAAAUGGAGUCAACUGGGAGGCAAAGCGCUGUGUGGACAUGUGGCUAAAGAUGCCAGGUAAAGGUUUAAAUUGCUGCCUGACUGUCAGUGUUGUCAUAUUUUAAACAUGAUCUGAACACUUCACACUUAGGAUUAAAAUGUUUGGUUAAGCAGGCUAAGAAAUACAAAAACAUGACAAUCUCUGAUAGCAUCCCUUUACAUGUGUUUGAGGGACACAGAUGAUUCUUGAACCUAUUAUACUUUACCUUUUAUGUGUUUUUAAAGGUACUAAACCUGGAGUGGUCACAACCGGCUUUGGAAAAAGACACAGAGGUGCUCCUGUCCCCAGACAGAGUGCAGCAAGCCACACCUGUCCAGUGAUUAACUGUGGUCGAGUUUAUGAUAACACCCCCCUCCUUGGAGGGCACCUGAAAAGGUGAUUCAUCUCUGUUUUGUAUUUUUCACGUGAAAGUAUUUUCUUCAAGACGGUCGUGUCAUAUUCACUAAAGAAAUAUCUUUUGUGUAGAUUUGACCACUCCCCCUGUGACCCGACCAUCAGGCUCAAAGGGAAUCAGUCGGAGUUCUUUGCCUGUGUUGCUUGUGGUCAAAACUUUCAGACUAAAGAAGCAUGGAAGAAACACCUGGAGUCAAAGGUUUUUCAUUCUUCUGUACCCGAUUAAAUCAUGCACCAGUUACCCUCUGAAACUUGAAUCAUAAUGGGUUUUUAUUGUAAUUUUUGUUCCUAGUUGUCCUCAUCUACCCCUGGCGGUCACAGCAUCAAUCAAACCUAUCAGCGGAUCGUGUGUUUUGCCUGUCCUUCCUGCUACCUCCUGUUCAGCCUCCGGGAUGAGUGCCUUCAGCACAUGGCAUCCAAAAACCACUUCACAGAGUCACUCGCCAUGAGUGGUAAGGUUUCAUUAACAUUCUGAUUUGACAUGGUUUUGAAGCACCUGUGCAAUCAUUAAAUGGUUGUUCUCUGGUUUUUAUUUAAGGAUUAUUUUUUUUAGUUAUACCUGCAUGACUAUAGAAACGACAGGCUGACAUAGUUUUCAUGUAGAAGAUCACUAACAUCUUUUGUAUUUUUUCCUUCUUUUCAAAGAAACUAAAGGAAGAGCUCUGCCAGUCCCCAUCCCGCAGUAUGUGAAGAAUCGUCUCAUCAGUUUGUGCAGGAACACGCCAUUCAGUGUACGAUGCUCUCGAUGUUUCAAAGUACUGACAUCACAUCAGACAGCUCAAGCUCACUUCAAGUAAGUUUUAUUCUGUCCAUGUAAAGUGACUGACAUCUAGAAAUAUCAUAUGUAAGCUGACGUAAAGUGUGUUCAGCAGUUAGUAGCUAAUUCUUCCUUCCCUUUUUUUUAAUAUCUUCAUAGUGUUAACUGCAGAGAGGGCUGUGCAGUAGCCAAGGCCGAUAAAACCAUCCCUCAGGUAAUGAAACAGCUGCAAGUACGAGGGCAGUGCUCCCUGUGCUGUGAAAUCUUCCUCAGCCAAACUGAAAUUGAGAGUCACAAAGAGCUGACCCAGCAUGAUGUGGAGAUCAACCGAACAAUGGAGAAAGCACUCCUUCAACACCGCAGGUUCAGUGAAACUCAACACGCUCAGGGCGCUGAAGAGGCUCCAGGACUGUUUGAUGGCCCUGAAACAACUUUUCAGAGAAGGAACAAGAAAAGAAGCAGUUAUGAAGUAAAUCCAGCCAAGCGGCAGAAACUCAGCCUGAGUGUGAACGGCAGCACUGUGACAGUGUGGUGCUGUGAGUGUGGCCUGCAGUACCCUGAAGAGGCCUCGGUCACCCAGCAUCUUUUGGCCGUGAACCAGAUUUUCCAUCAGUGCGGCGUUUGUGAGAAACACAUGGGAGAGCCUUCAAUAACCCACCUGCAUAUGAGUCGCUUUCACGGCGGCGCUCAUCUCUCCAACUUCCUCUACUACUGCCGCAAAUGCAAAGUGGAACUGCCUCGGUAUCAAGAUAUUUUGUCUCAUGUGUCAGAGACUCACAGCGGUCACACGUAUUACACUGAACAGGAAGUACCCGAAGAGCUCGCAGUUGGCGGGGAGGCCAAGCCGUCCACAAGCAGCAAAGUCGCCUCACAGUCAUCCUCAAAGUCCAGUGUUGAGCAGGACAGCGCAGAGGCGUCUUCCUCGAGAACAGAGCAGACCUGGAUGUGCAGGAUGUGCGAAGACAUCUUUGACUCAGAGGCGGCGGUCUACAAACACUGCAGCGACAUAAACAGCCACAGUUAUCAAAGAUUCAUCUGCGGACACUGCCCACAGAAGUUCUUCAAAGAGUCCACUGUGCGCAGACACUGCAUGAACGAGCACAACGGGGAGUUGAAGAGCCUCCACUUCUGCGGCCUCUGUGACAGCAUGCAGUUUGAUUCUGAGGGCGAGUUCCUGGAGCACUACAAGAGCCUCCACAGUCGGGACUACUACUGUAUGAACGAUGAUGACGUUGUUCAGCCUGCUGCUGCUGCUGCUGCUGCUGCUGAGAGCUCCACUCAGCCGACAUGUCCAUGCAUGGGAUCAGAAAGAAGCAAAGAGGAAAGGAAAGCUACGUACACGCAGUGCAUCAGGAAUCUGUCCGCUGAAGGGAGAUGUCAGUUCGUGUGCGAUCCUUGCUCUGUGUCUGUUCCCUCUUACGCACAGAUAAAAACUCACGUUCACACACGACAUCCAGCUUUGCAUCUGGACAAGACCUUUGACGUACAUUGCGAAGCCUGCCAAGAGACGUUUAUGGACGUACCGAGUUUCCAUAAACACUUUCACUCCAAACACUGUACACUGGAACCCUGCAGGACCUCGUCUAGCACUUGCAGCAAAGACACAAAAGCAAAGACGACUUCUGUCAAAGUCCUCAACGCUGUGGAGAUCAAACCAAACACCAGAGGUAAAUGUGUUUGAGUUAUCAUCAAUAAUCAUCCGUGGUUGUGUGAAGUAUUUAAUCCUCCAUUUAAUUAUCAUUUCAGAGAUUAAAGAUGAAGUACUGGAGGAAGUUUUGACCCUGGUUCAGACUGAAAAGAAGACCGAAAGACAUGAAAGUAAGCAAAAGAAAAGCAAAUAAAGAGUAGAGCACCUUUACAAAUGUUCAGGAGUUUUGUUACAUCAUAAAUCAGAGCCUGAGUUCUUCAGAAGUUAGUUAUUUCUAAAAAGAAUAAGACGUGCUUGGUAAGUAUCUUGAAUUUCAUCACAGAGGACAGCUUUUCAACCACUGAUACAUCCAAGACUUGGUGUACAAUAUUGAAGAGUUCUCUAUGGAAGUGGAGUUGUAGGAGGUACUUGUAAAUAGUAAGUGUAUGAUAUUGGAUCCUGUUUAAGUUCAGUUCCUGUGUCUUACAGAUACAGACGGUGUUAGCUCUACUGCAAAUUUAGCUAAUUUUACAAACUCCAACCAAAGCACUGUUGUCAGUGUGAGCUCCAUUUAAAAAAAAAACUUUCAGAACUUUAUUAUGUGAAGUUUCCUUCCAGUAGUGUUCUUACUUUACUCCACUGGUCUUCAUUUGAUAUUGUUUUGGUCCUUGUGCUGUUAUAGUUCUCAUGUUUUAAAUCAUUGAGUCAGAGUUUGGAAAAGGAUGCUCUGGGUUUAGCUGUUGGGUCUUAGUUGUAGUUAUUUAGUUUGUUGUUAUUCUGAGGUUGGGAUUUUAUUUUGUUGAUUUUUUUCCCUCUGUAUGUCAUCUGUGUCUUUGGGCCUUUGCUUGUCCUUAUUGUGUAUUUAUGCUUAUAUAUUAAAGCACUCUGUAAACCUUUGUUUUUAAGGGUAUUAUAUACAUAAAACAAUUAUUAAAGGGGCCAAGCUGACUGACAUCCACUGUGGCUAACACGCAUAAUAAAAACAAGUACCUCAUUCAACCUCAGCUUAUCGUAACUGAUAAUGCUUCAUCAUUUUAACAUGAAGUGUUAAUAGUUUCAGUGUGCUCUGUUACAGAUGAUUCUGAGGAAGAAAUGGACAGUGCACUGUCUGUGAGUGCAGAGGAAGCAAGAGAGUCUGCAGGUACGUGAAUGUAAUCCUCUAUUUUUCCAGCCUUGGGCUACGACUGUUGGAAAUUAAGAUUAAUUCAAGUAGCCAUUCUUAGACACAUCCCUCUGACUUCUGCUGAGUCCUCUGAAUGUGCUUUCGAUUAUCCAUAACUGACUGAUUACACUUUACAGCAAAGAUUUAGUCUCUGCUCUGAAACACAUUCUUAUGUGUGAGUAUUUUGUCUUAGAAUUAAAACUUAAUUUAAAUAAGCAAAGAAGAUGUUAGGUGUUUAAGAAAAAAAAGUGUUGGACUGAAUACUGACGUAAUCAAAAUUGUUUAUUUCAUUGCUUUAUAUCUAUAUUGCAUACCCAAUUUUUAAAGUAUUGGCAAACGAGGUGAAACAGGCACAUUUAUUCCUUGGUAUUUAGUAUUUUUUAGUGUUUGUAUUGCAUCUUGGAAGACUAAUAUUCUGCUUUUCUUUUGUGUUUUCAGAGUUGGAGGAAGCUAUCAAGAGAAGUCUGUUGGAGUUUUAAGCUUACAAAAGAUGACUUCAUAUGUUCACCAAACAUGUUGAAAUGUUUUGUACUAGGUGUUUUGUUUUCAGAAUGUUCAAUAAAUAAUAGCUACUGUUA